GCACAAAAGUUAAGACUCAUCAGCCGUCAGAGCCAUGGCAAUAUAUUUAUGUAUAUAUAUGGUUGUAUAUAGCUAAUUGAUAAGCUAAGUUGUACCAACGGGCCGUCGCAUGAGUCAGUUGUCGCUUAAGUGCGGAAGUGUGCAGAACUUUGGAAUGGAAAGGAAUAUAAUAUUUGUGCUGCUUUUGGCACUGGGUUGGACGCAAUGUGUGCAAUCCCAGCUGCCGGAAAAUCUGAGUUGUAGUACUGCAGUAGAUCGACAACCAUUUAACCUCACAGAUAUGUCGGGCUAUUGGUACGAGAUUGUUCGUGCGCCCAAUUUGGAAGUAAUGAAGUGUUUAAAUGUCUCUGUGCCAUCGACUGUGGAUAAGGAAUUGCAACUUGAGUUGCAGUACAUCCAGACUGUCGAUAAGAAAAAACCAUUGGUCGUUAAGGAGACUCUUUCAUUUCCCUGGAAUGAGGACACUUCCAAAGGCAUCUUCAAAUUGCAAUACGACACACCUUUGAUGAAUCUAACCCUAACAUAUAAAAUACAGUUCAGCUAUCCUAAGCAGUUUGUCAUCCUCUGCGGCUACGCGGCCUCAGCGACUUUGCCUAUCAUUAAAGUAUUAUCACGCCAGCGCGAGAUUCCAGCCAACCAGAUGCUCUUGAUUAAUAGGCUGCUGGAAGCAAAUGGCUAUGCCGAUGAUAUUAUCUGGACGGAACAAUCUGCGGAUCGUUGCAAUGCCGCCGCUCGUACAGAAAUGGCAAUCGUAACCAUAUUGGUCUUGGCUAUCGUCCGGACUCUGUGGAACUAGGGAGUGCUUAUCGCCCUAUAACAGGAAAUAGUUGCUUAUGAGUAAUAUUUGGGUAUUCUAAUGUGUAAUAAGUGUUAGU